CCUCUCAGAAGUUCACUGCAUAGUGUUCAAUCUAGUUCGAAGUGUUGGCGCCUGUUCGUGCGCGGUUCUCGCCAACCAUCCCUCAUAAAAACCAGCCGGUCAUUUUCUUCUUUCUCACCGUAUUUUUUAAUAUCCGUUAUUUAUUUACAAAACCUCCGUCCAUUCGCGGCUUCACGAAACUAACAUUUCGUAUUAAAUCUCAAUCUUCUCUCAUUUGCUAACCAGACCGGCUGGUUAGUUUCGAACUACUCAAAUCAUUUUGUGAAUGUGCGCAUGCAAUAAAAGAGAAGACCCUACUUCUCUUCAUUUGAAGGGUUGUGCUGUAGCAAGAGUUACACCGGCUUCUUGCAGCGAACAUUUUCCUUGCAACUGGAGACUCUAUUUAAACGCAGAACCUCCCUGGCUGCGCUAGCUCUGACCAGGUUUUAAUUUCACCCGCUCACACACACAACCUGGACCAUUCUGAGCACCUGCUGCCUCCUUGCUUAUUACGAUUUGAGAUUUUUGCUAUUUUUAACGUUUCCCUCAUAUAAAAAAAAACCCAUUUUUACAAAAUAAAAUGAAGAUCACGAAGUUAGACGAACGCGUUCACGUUUUGGACAGCAACACCGACGCUCUGUCCAUACUCCAGGACAUCGUCGAGUCCGGCGUCCAAGAGGAGGCCUUCUACAUUUGCGAUGUGGGCGACAUCGUCAGGAAGCACAAGAUCUUCAAAGCGGCUAUGCCCAGGGUUGAACCUCACUAUGCUGUGAAAUGUAACGACAGUCAUACGGUUCUGGAAACGCUGGCCGCUCUUGGAACCGGCUUCGAUUGCGCCUCGAAGACCGAAAUCAACAAGGUCUUGACUCUGGGUGUGAACCCCUCCAGAAUCAUCUUCGCCAAUCCGGCAAAGCCAAUGAGCCACAUCCGACAUGCCGCCGCCACCGGUGUCCGCUUGAUGACCUUCGAUAACGAAUCUGAACUGUUCAAGAUCAAAGACAUUUUUCCUGACGCCAAAAUGGUGAUUCGCAUUCGUUGCGACGCCACGAUCGCUCAGUGCCAGCUGGGUAUGAAGUUCGGAUGCGAUCCAGUGUCUGAGGCUCCGCAGCUCCUAGACCUGGCGCGCUCCUUGGGCAUCGACGUCGUCGGCGUCAGCUUCCACGUGGGUUCCGGAUGCGGCGAACCGGCUGUCUUCCGCAGGGCCAUCGCUGCUUCGCGCGACAUCUUCGACUAUGCUGAGACAUUGGGAUUCAAUUUCAACUUGCUUGAUUUAGGAGGUGGAUAUCCUGGUGGAACUGGAUCAUCCAUCGACAAGAUCGCCGAUAUAAUAAACAGGGCAUUGGAAGAUUACUUCCCAGAUCCUGCUGUGAAUGUGAUCGCCGAGCCGGGCCGUUUUUACGUGGCAUCUGCUUACACCCUGGCUUGCAACAUCCAUUCGAUCAGAACCGUGAAUGUCAGCGAUCCGGUCACCGGCAAUCCGAACAAGCACAUCAUGUAUUACAUCAACGACGGCGUGUACGGAAGCUUCAAUUGUUUGCUGUACGAUCAUCAGCACGUCGUACCAAUCCCACUGAAGAUUAACGCGGGAGCAAAGUACUACCGCAGCAGCGUGUGGGGACCGACGUGCGAUGGGCUGGAUCAAGUGGUCGAGAACCACAUGUUGCCCGAGAUGAAGAUCGGCGAUUGGUUGAUCUUCGAGGACAUGGGCGCGUACACUUUGCCGGUCGCGAGUCCCUUCAACGGAUUCCCCAUUCCCAAAGUGCACGUCGUCGCCGACCAAAACAUUUGGAUGCUUCUAAAGGAUAUGUUUCCGUUGUCCGAGAACCAUUUCGUCAUUGGCAACACCAAGGCCAAUCUCAGAGUCGGCUUGGACACUCCGGAUGGUUGGACCAUGCCAUCGUUGCCGAUCACAAUUCCGAUCUGCAACGGCGGAAAGAUUAUCGAGGAGCACAUCUUGGACUACGUUCAAAUUGGCAGUCUCAACUGAUGAAGUCGUCUUCAUUGUUUUGUUUUAAUAAUUGUUUAAUUAUUAUUUUUUUUUUUGGGGUAAC